AUGUCCAGGAUGCCGAGCCGAUCGAGGAGGCCCCAUUGCCACCGGAGGAGCAGCAAAGGCAGCGCUUUGCUUCCCGGCUGGCAAACGAACUGGAUGAGGCCUCGCUGCCCGGCUUGCAGGGAGCCAAGAGCAAAGCAAAAGCGAAGAAAAUGCGAAGUUUUUAUAAAGCGACCUCUUUCUCUCCUUUCUCUCCCUCCUCCUUGGAGGCUCCGUGAGCUCUGCGAGGAAAGAACUGUUUCUUGGGGCAGCACCAGGCGCCUGAGGAGCGUCGCUUUGCUGCUGGUCUACGUGUCACGAUCAACUCGUGUUUGCCGUGGAGUUUUUGUGGCGCAGGGCCUCCCCUUGCUGGGUGAGUUGCUGAGCGAUGCCGUGCAAGUGCUCGAGGCCGGGCCGAUCAGCGAACAUCAAGAGGCGGGCAUGAGGAUCUCAGCUUGCCUGCGAUGCUUGACAGCUCUGGCAGUAGGACGUGCGACUAUGUGGGAGCACCGGCAGAUCCUCGGCAAAGCCUUCGAUCGCUUGCAUCGUUGGUGCAGCCAAGAGAAAUCCGCCUUGGCCGCGGAGCUCCGGGCGCCCACCCAGGCCUUGACGAGGAGGUGGCGCCAGCAGCCCAAGCCGGCGGUGCAGGAUACGCCGGCAAACAAAGCUUUGCGGGUGAAGGUCUUAGAGCUGAUCAAGCAGGGCCUGGAAGCCACGCCAGCCUCGUCCCAGGCCACGGUGGCUUCGGAGAUCGAGGCGGCCCUCUACACGCUCUACGCUGGCGCCACCAGCGACUACCGGUCCCACGCCCGCAUGCUGCGGCAUAACAUGAUGCAGCCCGAGAACGAGGCGCUCCGGAGACGCAUUUUGACAGGAGAGCUGGGUGCACAGGACUUGGUCCAAAUGGACUCCAGAUCCCUAGCACCCGAAACCUUGCAGGAGAAGCGCCGGGCAGAAGAGCUGGCCGCGCUGAAAAGUGUGGUCAUCGCGGAGGGUCCUUUGAAGACGACGGUCUCGGUUCCGCAAGCCUUCGACUGGCGGGAUGAGACCUACAACCCAAGUGUGCCCAAAGACGACGAGGGCCCACGUGAGCAGGUGACCGUUGCUGAGAACUCUGCCGAGUUCAUGGAGCAGCCGACCCCGCUCCGCACAAUCUCCACGAGCUCAGCCGGUGCCGGUGCUCCCAGCACUCCUGAGGCUAUGGCAACGCCAGCGCCUGAUGAUGACGAUGAGCAGAACCAGGAUCUAAUCCGCCAUUUCUCUCAGCGAGUUCACUGA